GAUUUUCUAUCUGAUUCAGUCGUCCGCUGGUAACCGUGGCGAGAGGUCGCGUCACUCGUCAAAAUAGUUCGCGAGUGAUAAACCCGUGCUGAUAAAUUCCUUGUUGGAUUUCGCUAUAAUCUCUUCGAAGCGACGGACGUCGCUCGGAAAAUAACAAGACAAAAGCUCUAUGACGCGGAGCCAGCGCAAAUAGUUACGAAUACUAAAACAACAUGUCUUCGAAGGCUAUUUAUGAGGCCACUGGCAAGGAUCUAAUAAACAGGCACAUAGCUUCCGGAACAGCUCUGGUGCCAUGCAGGUUCGCGGUGUUCGAACAGGGCACUGUAUGGGAGGAUGAGCUCGGCAAGAACCCGUGGCUGAGCAAGGAGCAAUUAGUGGUCAAACCCGAUCAGCUGAUCAAGCGUCGUGGUAAGCUCGGUCUGGUCGGUGUGAACAAAACGGCCGCGGAGGUGAGGCGUUGGCUCUCCGACCACAGCGGCAAGGAACAGGCGGUCGGCGCGGCUUCCGGGAAACUUAGACGUUUCGUCGUCGAACCCUUCGUGAAACAUGAGUCGAACGAGGAGAUGUACCUGUGCAUCCAGUCGGGGCGUCGCUCCGACACCAUCCUGUUCCACCACCAAGGUGGCGUCGACGUGGGAGACGUGGACGCGCUCGCCAUCAGACUCGACGUACCAGUGGACACGUUCCCGACUGGCGAGGAAAUUGACCGCGUUCUUUUGAAGAACGUCAAAUCGACCACCACGAAAAGGAUUUUGACAACGUUCAUCCUAUCCUUAUACCGGGUGUUCGUAGAUUUAUACUUCACGUACAUGGAGAUAAAUCCAAUAGUGAUCACCAACGAGCGCGUAUACCUGCUCGACUUGGCCGCCAAGCUGGACCAGACCGCGGACUUCAUCUGCGCCAAGAACUGGGGCGAGAUCACCUUCCCGCCGCCCUUCGGUCGGGACGCGUAUCCCGAGGAGGCCCACAUCGCGGACCUGGACGCCAAGAGUGGGGCCAGUCUUAAGCUGACGGUGCUGAACAAGGCGGGGCGCGUGUGGACGAUGGUGGCCGGGGGGGGCGCGUCCGUGGUGUACACGGACACCGUGUGCGCGCUGGGCGCGUCCGCCGAGCUCGCCAACUACGGGGAGUACUCCGGCGCGCCCACCGAGAGCCAGACCGCCGACUACGCCAAGACCAUCUUCAGCCUCAUGUGCCGCGACAAGCAUCCCAAGGGGAAGGUGCUGAUCAUCGGCGGCGGUAUAGCGAACUUCACGAACGUAGCUGACACAUUCCGUGGUAUCAUCACGGCGAUCGAGACUUACAAGGACGCUCUGCUGCAGUACAACGUCACCAUAUUCGUAAGAAGAGGUGGUCCCAACUACCAGGAAGGGCUCAGACAAAUGCGUGAGGUCGGUCACCGGCUCCGCAUCCCCAUGUACGUGUUCGGCCCCGAGAGCAACAUGACGGCCAUCGUGCGCCUCGCGCUCGGACACGCGCCCAUCCCGCCCGACCACCAGCUCGACUACGCGCCCAAGCAGCUGCCCAAGCCGGAGCCCCCGCCGCCAAGCAAGGUGGACUUGCCCGUGCUCACGGACGCAUUACUGGACCUGGCGUGCUCGUCGGCGCCCACCCGGCUGGACCUGGGCCAGCAGCUUUCGACCGCACGGGCGCUCUUCAGCGACCGCACGAAGGCCAUCGUGUGGGGCAUGCAAAACCGAGCCAUACAGGGUAUGCUGGACUUCGACUACAUCUGCCGUCGCUCGGAGCCGUCCGUGGUGGCCAUCGUGUACCCCUUCACGGCUGACCACAAGCAGAAAUACUACUUCGGGAACAAGGAGGUCUUCAUACCAGUGUUCAGCGACAUGGACGUGGCGAUGCGCAAGCACCAGGAGGCCACCGUGCUCGUCAACUUCGCGUCGCUCAGGUCCGCCUACGACAGCACCAUGCAGGCGAUGCAGCAUCCUCAGAUCAACACCAUAGUUAUCAUCGCGGAGGGCAUCCCGGAGAACAUGACGCGGAAGAUUGUCAAGUUGGCUGACGCGAGGGGGGUGAACAUAAUCGGUCCGGCGACGGUCGGAGGCAUCAAACCGGGCUGUUUCAAGAUCGGAAACACGGCCGGUAUGAUCGAUAACAUCAUCGACAGCAAGCUCUACCGUCCUGGCAGCGUCGCGUAUGUGUCCCGUUCGGGUGGUAUGAGUAACGAGCUGAACAACAUACUGUCGAAGGAAGCUGACGGCGUGUACGAGGGUGUCGCCAUCGGUGGUGACCGCUACCCUGGAACCACCUUCAUCGACCACUUGCUCAGAUAUGAAGCGGAUCCCAAUGUGAAGAUGAUGGUACUGCUGGGAGAGGUGGGGGGAGUGGAGGAGUACCACGUGUGUCGCGCUAUCCGCGACGGUCGCAUCACCAAGCCUCUCGUCGCCUGGUGCAUCGGGACCUGCUCCGACAUGUUCACGUCGGAGGUGCAGUUCGGGCACGCGGGCUCGCUGGCGGGCUCGGCGCUGGAGAAGGCGGCCGCCAAGAACGCGGCGCUGCAGCAGUACGGCGUCGAGGUGCCCGACUGCUUCGACACGCUGGGCGCCGCCGUCAACAAGGUUUAUAAGAGGCUAGUGUCGGAGGGCAAGAUCAUUGUGAAGGAGGAAGUGGAACCACCUAAGGUCCCCAUGGACUACGACUGGGCGAGGAAACUGGGCAUCAUCCGCAAGCCAGCCGCCUUCAUCAGCACCAUCUGCGACGAGCGCGGCCAGGAGCUCAGCUACUGCGGCGUGCCCAUCAGCGCCGUGCUCGAGAGGCAGCUCGGCGUCGGCGGUACCAUCAGCCUGCUGUGGUUCCAACGCGAGUUGCCGGACUGGGCCAGCAAGUUCUUCGAGCUGGUGCUGAUCGUGACGGCUGACCACGGGCCGGCAGUGUCCGGAGCCCACAACACGAUGGUCACGGCGAGAGCAGGAAAGGACCUCAUCUCCUCUGUCGUCAGCGGACUGCUAACCAUCGGGGACCGCUUCGGCGGAGCGCUGGACCGCGCCGCGCUGGACUUCUGCGAGGCGUACGACCGCGGACAGCACCCGCAGGAGUUCGUCAACGACAAGCGCGCCCGCGGGGAGCUCAUCAUGGGCAUCGGCCACAGAGUGAAGUCGAUCAACAACCCGGACUCCCGCGUGCGCGAGCUGAAGGCGUACGUGACGUCACGCUGGCCCGCCUGGCCCGUGACCCGCUACGCGCUGGACGUGGAGGCCAUCACCACCCGCAAGAAGCCCAACCUCAUCCUCAACGUGGACGGCAUCGUGGCCGCCGCCAUGGUCGACCUCUUCCGCCACUGCCAGCUCUUCACUCAGGAGGAAGGCAACAACUACAUCGCGAUGGGCUCCAUCAACGCGCUGUUCGUGCUCGGCCGGACCAUCGGGCUGGUGGGCCACUACCUGGACCAGAAGCGGCUCAAGCAGCCGCUGUACCGCCACCCGUGGGACGACAUCACCUACAUGUCGCCGCUCAACUGAGCGCUCCGCCCCCCCAUACACACUAGUUAAUACUGUAAGCGAGCGCGCCGGCAGGGGGCGGGGCGGGGGGGCCUCGAGGCCUCCCCCGGGCGGCGGCGGACGGUGGAAUACUUACAGGGAAUUCGACGUGUACAUAAAGUAUCUUCGGAACGAGCGGCGCCACCUGUCGAGCGAUUUAGUUAGUUGUUAAAAAACGUAUUAGCAAUACAUAGGUAACGCUUAGAGGGAUAUCAUUGAUGUAGUUUGUAUUCAGUUUUAUUUUAUGUUUCACGUUUCGGACACAGCUUUUGUAACGUACGACGUCACUGUAUUGCCAGAUGAGUGCGCCUUCAGACGGAGGGUCCGCGCUUGGCGACGUCGCGUACGCAGUGCGUAUCCGAUGUAACGCCCGCAAGUCGGCCCGCUGUGUGUGUGUGUAAUUUGUCAUUUAUAUAACGCAUUCCAUUUCGAAGUAGUUCAGUUUACAGUGCUAUGUAAUCGAUCGGUGUUUGUGUUUAUUGGGAUCCGACAUUCCGUGGCGACCUCUGGUGGCUCAAAUAGGAAACGACCUGACUUAUCGUGAUGGGUUUGAUUUCAAUAUAAAUUUGAUGCUUGACUAAUGAUUUGGGACUUUCUUUUAACUCGAUGCUUGGAUACCGUGUCGAAGUAAUCUCUGCAUUAGUUUCUCGAAUGUCGAAUCCUAAUAUAUACAUUUUUUUUUUUAAUAAUAAUAUAUAUUAGGUCACAAAGAUUUAGAUAAUUCUAUUGAAAUGUAUAAGUCGAUGUUUUAAUUGUCGUCGAUGGUUAAAAUCGUCCAAUAAAUUCAAUAUAUUUACUUAAUUUAUUAAUUUUUGAUAUUUCGAUCAUAUUUUUUUUACGUCUUAACUUAUAUUAAAUAAUUUAUAAAGGUGAAAUAUAAUCAUUUCGAAUGUGAGAUGUGAACACGUAACUGUAGUCAUUCAAGUGAAAACGUUUCCACUUCACUUCGGAGCGAACUCGGUGACAUCGCGGCGAACAUUACACUGUAUACACUUGUAACAUUACAUCUCAUGAUCCGCGUGUAAGUUAUCCGACAUACAUCGCCAUCGAGACAUUCGUUAAGCUAGCGACUGAUAUUAUUGUAUCGCGAUCUAUGCGAGUGUGGCGCAGCCUUUAUAACGCGUACGCGUUCCGCUCCAUUUUAAAACCCUCAUGUAUGCAUAUCUGACGAGAAUAUUCUCCCCUAUUCGAUACACCAGUCUCUUUGAAUGUUAUGUUUGUAAUAAAAUUGUAUAGAUAUGUUUUUAAUUAAAUCUCUGACGGAAAUCCUUGACGGUUUAAAGCUUUCGAUGGCACAACUGUACGCGCUGCCAGCGGACGCCUCGUCAGCGAGUCGCGACCUCUCGAAUACGUUUAGGUUAUACACUUUAUUUUUAACAACGAUCUUUUGAAGAUUUUUAUACUUAUUGAUAUUUUAAUUGGAUUGUUUAACGUUAAUAACACUAAGGAGAAUGUCGCACGUGAUGUUUAUCGCUAAGCGACGACACUGUUGUACAGAAUAUUGUAAUAUAUGGAUGGAUUAUCGUUUCGUUUUAUUUGAUUACAAGUCUUUUUAUUUCUGAACUAAAUCGCUACGAUUUAAGCCCGGCUCCUGUCAAUACCUUUCGUUUCGCUUACGGGUAUAAUUAUAUUAUCGUGAUCCGAAUGCUCGUCGUGGAUUCCAUCCGUAAGCGUAACGGAUCGUUUGCCGACGUCCGCGGCGUCUCGGCGAGGCGUUCCGGAAGUAGCUGUAAGCGAUGUGUGUCUAACUCUAUUUAUUGGUAUAUUUGCGAAUGGUCGGCCGGUGUCUGUACAUACUGGAGUUUGUCAACUUAUUUGAAUAUAUUUUGUUAUUAACUGUCA